AUGAACAGGGAGUGUCUGUUCCCAUAUUACACGCCCCAGAGCGGCUCCAGUGCGGGCAAACUGCAGCGACAGCUGGACAAGGGAGAAUACAGCAUCUUCAAGCACGCAUCAGUGUUUGAGAGUGACUUUAUUCAGAUCACGAAAAGAGGAGAAGUGAUUGACGUGCACAACCAUAUCCGCAUGGUGACCAUGGGCAUCGCAUCCACCAGCCCCACUCUUCCACGACCAGAUGUCAUGCUGCUGGCCCGCCCGGCCACCGGCCUGGAAGAGCAUGCCGGGCGCGGCAAAGUCACCAAGGGAAAAAGACGUACGGCUGCAAAGACCUUGGAGCUCACGAGGCUCCUUCCCUUGAAGUUUGUGCAGAUCUCCAUCCAUGACCAUGAGAAGCAACAGCUGUGCCUGAAGUUCAGCACUGGCCGCUCCUGCUACCUGCAGCUGUGUCCCCCUCCAGAGGAUAUGGAAGACCUAUUUACCUGCUGGGAAAACCUCAUUCACCUCCUGCGACCACCAGUGGACAAGAACAAUAUUUCUACCACUCCUGCCAGGAACGUGACGUGCGUGCCUAUUUCGAAGGAAGAGGCCAGGAAGAGCCUGGCAGUGGCUAGUUUCCAAGGGAAAGAAUAUCAGGAUCAGAUCAGCACCGGAAGCCUCUCUGAGGUGGCUGGGGCCACCUCUGCAGCUUUUGCUGGGGGGCAGGGUGUCCAAUAUGACUCUCACAUAUUCACUGCCACCCCAAACACAGAACCUACAGAGCUUGACAAAGUGUCAGCUACAGAGGUGGCAGCAGGCACCACAGCAGGUGUUCUGAGCACGGACAUCACCCAGUCUGCUGUCCCUGGACAACUAAGCAUGGCCAUAGAGGGAGCAGCCACCAAGGAUCCAGGGGGAAGCAAAACCAGCAUAGCCAUUGCAGGGGUUGCCAACGUGUCCCCCAAGAGCAUUAAAAUGGCCUUGGCAGGUGCUGCAAACAAGUCCUCAGAGUGUCCCUCCAACACCAGCCUCUCCCCAAAGACCAGCAUGAUUGUUGUGAUGGCAAAAGCAGAACCCACCAGCAAGACUGUUGGAGAAAUAGCUAACGAUCGUGCCGCAGAACCUCUCAUCUCAACCUUGCCCAAGGAAGGCAGUGUGAGUGGACAGGUCGGGAGGCAGCAACGAGUGUCCCCCGCCAGGGCUGAAGCCCACAGCAGCAGAAGGGACAGAGCUCUCAGGAGUUCCCAUCACCGCAGGGCAAUUGACAACUGCCACAAGCCAGGGGGUUACAAGAUACUCCAAAAACCACCUGGCUGGUCCUUAGCCGGGCAGAGACAUGACGAAAAGGAGAAAAGUCUCAGCGGCCCAGGGGGCAGCAGGCCUGUCACCACGCACAAAGGCAUCAGCCACGCUCCCAUCACCAAGGACUCGAGGACUUCUCACAAAUCAGGGAGGAGCUUGUCCACAGGUAGUUCAGGUUCCACGACCAGGAGACUCAGCAGGAUCAGCUCUUUCUUGAGGAACAUUAAGACCAAUCUUACUACAAAAACAGUGGCCUCACCCCGCAGUAAGGAUGUGGACUGUUUGGCUAAGACCGUGGGGAGGAACAACAUGGAGGGCAUUCUAGAGACAGAAGAGAGUGUCCAGGGACUGGAGAUGAUUGAUAAUACAUCUGAGAUCAUGAAGACAGUGACCUUUGAGCAACUGGAAGUUGCAGAGGGGACUGGGGCUCAGGCUGAAGCCUUCCUCUACCACUUCCAGGAGCUGGAAAGCUGGAGCCCGAUUGCAUGA